UCAACAAACGACGUUGACGUUUCACCGCGUAGCAAGUGAAAGUGUCACGUCGAUCGGGUUCCUGUCAGAAAUAUUAUUAUUCUGAGAUAAUUCACUUCGUCUGCAUAUAGGUUAUCGCCGGGAAAAAUGGGUGUUAAGCCAGCGAUUGGAAGAAAAUCUAACAAGAACCCACCUAUUUUAAGUCAUGAAUUUGUGAUUCAAAAUCAUGCGGAUAUUGUUUCGUGUGUGGUUAUGGUGUUUUUGGUCGGGUUGAUGGUACAGUCGACUAGUCCUAUUGCGAGUUUAUUUAUCAGCCUGCACCACAAUGUCAGUGGAGUUGAGCCCACCAGAGAAGCGCCGAAAGGAGAGCCCUUCUUUUACGAAGCAGGCUGGAAAGACGCCUGUGCAGUAUUCUUCUACUCAUUGGUUUGCAUCGUGAUGCAUGCCAUCCUCCAGGAGUAUUUCUUAGAUAAAAUAUCAAAGAAGUUCCACCUGUCUAAGUCAAGACUGAGUGCACUAAAUGAAUCCGGUCAGCUGGUGCUGUUCCACUUAGUGACCCUUGUUUGGGGUGGUGAUGCCAUCCUCCGUGAAGGAUUUGUCUUCAACAUUUCGCAGCUGUGGGAUGGAUACCCUAACCACCCUAUGAGUUUCCUGCUGAAGCUGUGGUGGAUUGUGCAAGCAUCAUACUGGAUCCAUGCCGUCCCUGAACUGUACUUCCAACGCAUCAAGAAGGAUGAAUGGGCCGGCCGCAUCAGACAGGCAGCUGCUGCUUUCGCAUUUGUCGCUUUGGCUUACGGUUUCAAGUUCCAGCGAGUUGGUGUAUGUUUAGUUGUAUUGCACUCUUUGGCUGAGUUUGUUGCACACAGCUACCGUCUUAACACCAUCCUCAGGGGAGAACGUGAAGAUUGGUUAGACAAAUUCUUGGGCUUGAUCAACGGCUCUGUGUUCGUGACCGUGAGGCUGUGCUCGCUGGUGCUGGGCGUGUUGACCUUCUACUUCGGUCUGGCGGGCGCCGCGCCGCUCGUGCUGCGUGUAGCCGCCUUGUCUGUACUCGUGUCAUUCCAGGUCUACCUGAUGUUCAACUUCAUCACUGAAGCUAUCAAGCAAAGGCAGGAGAGCCGUCAACAAGCUCAAGCCAAGCCCAAGAGGGAGAAAAAGGAGAAACCCAAGAAAGAAAAGGUGAAGAAAGCCCCUGUCGAGGAGUCGGACCUGCCCGAGGUGGACCAGAACACGAACAAGACGCUCCGGCAGCGACAAGCCGCCGCCGCCAAGGCCAAGUGAAGCGCUCUCAAACAAUACUUCGACAUUAUUGUAACGUUAGGUUGUCGUCAUCCCGAUGUAACUAAGUCUUUCCACUUCUAUACUUUGGUUACUUCAUCCGAAUCUUAAUCUUCCUCUGUAGAUAUCAAUAAUAUAGCACAAACUGUAAUUUUGUAUUAAAAAAUCGUAUCGUAACGGACUCUGGUACAUGUAAUCGACGUCGGUGUGGAUUGAUGUUAAUUAAUAUAGGUAUCAAGCACGUACGUGACAAGACUUACUUUUAUCGUAGUUAAUUAUAUUGUAUUUUCAUUUUUUAAACACUAGUUAAUACUGUGGAACAUAUUAUCGUCAUUAACGUAUAGUGGAUACAGGGUUGUAAAAAUAUCUCCUAAAGUGUAAAAAAAUGAGUCUAGGUUAAACUGUUGUUUAUAUGAAUAUAUUGAUAAGAAUAUUGAAGUACUGUGUGUUCAUACACAUUAAAUGAUGAAAUUCCA